GCAGGCGCCCGCGGGACUGGUCAGUUAAUGGCCGAGGUGUGUCUGGCAGCGGCCGCUGAUUGGUCAGCGGCCGGCCACCUGCGUGGGAAACCUGUGCGCCGUGGGUGGUCCCUGGUGCACUGGUGGAUCGGGAGCUUCCCUGGGACUUUGGCGGGCGCGUCACUUGGUCGGACCUGACUUCCGGUGCGAGGGCCGUUGUAGAAGGUUGAAAGGUGUUAACGGUCUUCGCCGCUGCCACUCGGGAAGGCCGGCACGGCUGACUGGUUUCCGCACGCUCCGGAGGCUGGUGUGGCAGGCUCUGGCGCCAGAAAAGGUCUGUCCAGCGGCACUUUUUCCUCUUCGUGAACUUUCUUGCCUCGGGUGUGCGCGAGGAGCAGUUGAGGAGCGAUUUGGCUUAAGGGCUGAAGAGUUCUGGGGCGUGAGGGGUGAGGGGAGAGGAUUUGCUUUUCGGGAAGGGCGAGUCUACCCUCACAUUUCAGCGGCGCUGUGGUGAGGUGGUUAGGGGUGGUUCGAAGUGAUUCCCACUGGCCCUUCAGGGAGGCCAGCGCUUGUGAGCUGUUGAGAUUUGGCUGCUUAGUGAGUCCUUGGUGCUGAUUUUCUGGGACGAGUUGAUCCUUUUUCAUCCUUUCUCUUCCCUGGUGGAGGCGCGGGGCCGGGGGCGGGGCGAGGAACGACCAAGUCUCUCAAACUUUAUAUAGAAUUUGAGUUUAAUGAAUUGACAAACUAGCGAGUUGAUUCGUGUAACAUCGUUUGAGAUUGAGAGGUUGAUUUCGAGGCUUUGAUGGUAACCGCGUUUGUUCAAAGAUAGUGCAGCCUCGCUGUUUUACUGUAAAUACGUAAGCCAGGAGAAAGAGCAUAAAGAUGUAAGUUGAGCACGGUCAUUUGAUAACUUCGUCUGUUGGGAUCGCUUCCCUCCCUCCUCUGCCUGGUUCUCCCCGAAUUCGGACUGCUCUCGGGUUUUAAACUGGUUUAAUGUUUACAAAUCGUGAUUUUAGAAGCAACUUUUCUGCAUGGUGUUUUAUGAAGCAAGACAUGGGCUCGAAUGGGCGGUGGGCUACAGUUGGGCGGCAUUAUCCCCCGUCUGGUCGACUUUGUAGUCUCUAAAGUUUGUCAUGGACCGCAGAAGGGCUCCUUUUGAGAGUCCUGACAGAAUUUUUAGAAACUGUUUAGUAUAUUGACACACAGUUGUUUAACAAAAAAUUUGGAGCAGUCUGGCUGUUGUAAUCUGCCCUGUUUUUCUGUGUGUUCCUUGCAGUGGUUUUCGGGUGAAACACCGUUUUCAUCCCUCACCCUCGUGAUGAGUUUAUGGCAAGUGAAUGCCUUGUACCUUCGGCGCAAAAAUCUUUAAAUGGCUUUUGAAAACUGUCCUUGCAAUAUCUUUAAUGUCUAAAAAAUGUCUUUUAAAAAACCAGAUGGUUGGGGUUGGCCUCAUGGCCUAGUGGUUAAGUUCCACCCUCCACUGAGGCAGGCCGGGGUUCGGUUCCAGGCGCCGAGCUAUACCGCUGUCUGUCAGCAGCCAUGCUGUGGCGCGUCCUACAUACAAAAUAGAGCAAGAUUGGCACGGAUAUUAGCUCAGUGACAAUCUUCCUCACAAAAAAAAUCACCAAAUGACUUCUUGUUCUUGUGUUAUCAAGAGUUUAGAUUUUCUAUUGUAAGGUAUAGAUGAGCUUCAUUUUAAGCUCACUUUGCAGGAUUUUGAAUUUAACGAAUUAUAUUAAUUUUGCAUAAUCUGAUCAUGGCUGGGCUCUAAGAAAAUGUUCCAGAAACUUUAAUUAUCUACUUUGUGGGAAGAAGUGAAAGGGAACUAAAAUUUAUGCUGUGCCUGCUAUAAACCAGACAUGAUGCUAAGUGCUUAACUGUGUCAUUUGGUCUUACACAACCCUGUGAAGUACCAGGUCGCAACUUUACAGGUUGAGAAAUUGAGACACAGAGAGGUUAAAUGCCUGCCUAAAGCAAAUAGCAAAUUUUGCAAUUCGGAUUUGGAUUCAAGUAUUUCUUAACUCCCAGUCCUUUGCACUAUGUCCUGGUACUUAAAAUUUGUUUACAAUGGGGGCCAGUUUGCAUGUUCUGCUUCAGCGGCCCAGGGUUCGCAGGUUCGGAUCCCGGGUGUGGACAUGGCACUGCACAUGAACUGCUUAGAACAUUGCCUGGCACAGAGUAAGCAGUGAAAUCUGUUAGAUAUUAUUGUCUGUGCCUUGUGGUAUAUUCCAGAUUUUCUAUAGUGAAAUCAUAUUUAAUGAACAAUUAUACAUAUACAUCUAUCUCUCUCUCGCUAUAUAUAACAAAAAUGUUACAAAUACAGUGAGAGUAUAAGAAAUACUGUUACAGUUGGGAAACUUGGACUCACUCUUCUCAUUCUGUGAGAGUUCAAGUAGAGGUGCAAGACUGCUCUGCAGUUUUCUUUGCAAGAGCAAAACUUUAGAAGUGACAUGAAUGUUCAUGGAUUGGGAACUAGUUAAAUUUUGCAAGAUAGGAAACUAAGAAGCUGUUAAAAUGACUGCAGUAUAUCUAAAGGUAUUGGUUUGGAAAGACUUCUCCCGCAGUUGAUUACUUUGGCCUCUUUUUGAGCUUUAGAUCACUUGAUUCAUAUACACUCUUUUGUGUCUGGCUUUUACUCAAUGUUACGGUUGUGAGAUUUGUCUUCGUUGUGUGUAGCAAUAGUUGGUUUAUUCUGAUUGCUGUGUCGUCUUCCUUUGUAUGAAAUCACCACAAUUUAAUUGUUCAUAGCUUGUUUUAGUCUUAUAAUCAGAAAAACUAAACGUCUAAAAAGUAAAAUUUGGUUGAAGCUACAGCUCAAAUUGGAGGUAUUUUGUAACUUGAUUCUUUCCCACAGUAUUAGCCUGCAUUUAUCUAACUAGGGAGUUAAUUCUUCCUUCAUCCUGCCUCUCAUUACUGCCCUGGCUCAGGAUGGCUAAAGGGAAUCAGCUCCCACGUUAAUGCACCCCUCCCAGGACCAUGAUGCCAGCCUUCCAGUCUCUACUGCAAGAUAUAAUGUGAUAACAUUGCACUCAGUGUCUUUUUCUGGUUGCAGAGUUAAAUGACUCAGAACCAUAACUGAGCCUACAUAAUUCUAGAAGAUUUUUUGGCUUCUAUUUCACAUACAUUUAUUUAGGUUGAAUAUAAAAUGGAGCUACAGAAGCAAUCCUAAUGUUAGAGCUGAAGUGCCCUUAGAGACAGUCUCAACCAGUUUUCACCUGGCAGGUGAGGAGGCGGCGUCUUUAGUGGUCUGCCCAGUCCACACCGUGGUGGGGGCCCAAGAAUAGACUGCUGACUCACAUUUGGAGGCCUGCUGCCUCCCUAAGUAAAAAGCCUUUUUGAGCUCCUUGACAAAAGCAGUUAGGAGCCGUGUCCUCUUGUUCAUCUGUUUCCAGCAUUUACUCUGCAGCCUUCAUGUUGGGAAGCAUCCACUUCACAGUUUGGAACUGUGUUUGGUCUUGAUUCUUACUCCUAGACGUGGGCAAUAUAGCCUUUCAAUUAUUAAAGAUUUAUUCGAAAUCACUAAUGGAAAAUGUCUUGUUCUGUCACUCUCUAACAUUCAACCAGGACUCCGAUUCAAUUCAAGUUGGCAUUCUGAGAACAUAUCCAUAUUAAGUUUAUUAAGGUAGUAGUGUGUGAAGUUAACUUCUUUAUGCAUUGCUUUUCAGAAGUAGAAGGUUUACCAAUCCUAGCUGACGAAGCAGUUUUACAAAUAAACUCUCCAACAAGUUAAAAAAUAAUUAGGCCUAACUCAGAGGAAGUGGACUUACUCCUGUUGCACAAAAAAGAUGUCUAGUGGCUCCAGUGAAGCCGACGUGAUAAAAACACGAAUACCUCUUCAUGACCAUGAUGAUGACACUGUUCUUUAUGCAUUUGAACCAAACCCUGCAUAUGUCAAGAGGGAAAGUGUUCUAUCUGACACAUCCUACAACGAAGAGCAAGAAAAAACACUUCUGGAUGUCUUUAACCAUUGCCAGGCGAUCUAUGAUGCUGUUCAAAACCUGGAUAAGAAGUUUGAUGUCAUUAAUGGAAAGGUUUCAAAAAUCCGGCGUUUUCGUGUGAAACCAUUAUGGCAAAGUCGCAAAUUUGGCUAUUCAUACAAAAUUUGUAAUUACCUGCUUUGUAGAAAGAUCAGAUUGAAGAAAAUGAAGAAGAAGGAGGCUCCUUCUCCGUUCUCUUACCCUGAAAGUUAUAGCCCGACUAUACCAGUAAAAAGGCCGGAAAUUGAUUAUGAUAGCAACCCUAUAGGAUCACCUUACCAGUCACAGGAGUCCCCGGGACAGGUGUUGGAGUCAUUCCCCGAGGACCUGGAGCAGAGCCUCAGCCAAAAUCUGUCGCCUGCCUCCAUCUUCUCUUCACAUUCAUAUCCGUCAUGUUUUGCGCCCACUGAGCCAAUGCAGGACACCCCCUCCAUGCCCUGCUUUGCCAGCCCAGAAGCACACAGCACCAGGAGUAUCAUCUCAUCUGCCCAAGCUUCCUCACCAGGAUCUGCAGCCCUGCUGGGCCAAGACGAACCCAGUCCAGCACAUGACCCUGAGAUGAUGGCUUACCCAAGUUUACUGGAAAAUAACAGCUUUGGCCUUACUGCCUCAUCUCUCUGCAUGCCGCCUGGCAUGGCUCCAGGUUCAUCAGUUAGAACUGACCCGGGUAUGCUAAGACAAAGCUUCGCUGAUGACCCUUCAACUUGGUCCGUGGAGGAAGUGAUCCUGUUUCUGAAAUAUAUGGAUCCUCAGAUAUCAGACCACCUCGCCGACCUCUUCAGGCAGCAUGACAUUGAUGGGAAAGCUCUGCUACUUCUCCAGAGUGACAUGAUGAUAAAGUACAUGGGGCUGAAGCUGGGGACAACUGUGAAGUUGUGCCACUACAUCCAAAGGCUUAAAGAGAAGAUUGCUUUAACAAUUGACAAAUCGUUUGUGCCGGUUUAGGUUGGACUUAAUUCUCGGGAGAGCAAUGCCAUCUUAGUGUAAAAUCAUUUUUCUACCCUUAGAAGUUUGUGUUGUUUAGAAGGUUCCUCUAAAAAUAGGUUAUAUCUAGAAUUGCAGAGCUGCAUUACAGUCUGGUCUACUUCUGUAGAAACCAUUUAACGUGUUAGUAUUAGCAUAUUGAAAUUGUCAGUUUGUUCUUUAUAACUUUCUCUUAUUUUCAUUGUAUUGUGUACAAAUAUAUUUAAUUCAGGAAACAGAAACAGCUUUGAUUUCCGUUAAAACAGCUAAAUCCCAAUGAGAAAAUAUCAGGGAUUGACAAGUUCUCUAAUGAAAUCCAUGAAAAGUUUUCCUUAGAAGAGAAUUUAAAGAUGCAACUAUAGAUAUCAUCUCUUUCUCAAAUAUUUUAUGUCUGUUACUGCAAUGUUCAUGUUUUACCAGUUUCCCAAAAGGGAAUAGCCAUAUGAAUUCUUUUCCUGUCUGUCAUUAUUUCUCUGUGUGUUGUGCUUGUUCCCUUUUAGAGAAAAACAACCUUGUAAACUUUCAUGAAGUGUUCUUACCAGUUUUUUGAUCAUUAGAAGAUAGAUAGCAUGGUCAUUUUAUGCAGGAGAUAUUGUAUUUCAGUGUGGUUUUGAUGGAGUCUGACUAUGCUCUUUUCAACGAAAUAACUUUUUUAAAGUUUAAAACUUCCAUAGUAUUACAACGUCCAUAUUUUGCUGAAGCUGGGACAUUUAACUAGGCAUUCAUUGCUCACAUCUCUCUUCGAAGAUGCCUGUGUCCAAAUUUUUAAAAGAUAUAUAUUUUAUUGUCUGUGUUUAUUCCUCAUUUGGAUCCUGUUUCAUAUUUGCAUUUUAUUCUAUGUCUGAAGUAUACACACAAGUAAAUCUGUUCUUUUUGAGUUUAAAAUGGCACUUUGCACUUCCACAGAGGUAAAGAUUAACUCUGUGUAUAGUGAGAUGUUUUUAUUCUGUAAAAAACAUGCACAUCAUUUGCCGUCACUGGUACCUCUCAGGUCACUCUUCAGGGUUUCCAUACAGGGAAGUUCUCUGUCUUGUGCAAUUGUUCUAGUCAAUUUGCUUUCUGAGCCAUUUAUCCUACUAAACUUUGGAAGCUAUGUUAGUUCUGAUUUGUCAUUUUGGACUUUAUUUUAAAAAUUAGAACUUACAAGUGAAACAUGUUCACUGUUGUUUAUUACAUCAUUAUACUGUAUCGCAUUUGGUGUAAUGUUUAUAAGCUAUGAGAAUUGGUGCUAACUGUAUUAGCCAUUUGUUAUAAAUGCUGAUAAAGUAUUCACUGGGGGCAAGAAUGUACUCUUUUUUUUUUUUUGGAGAACCAAGUGUACUUUAUAAACAAAUGCAACUAUUUACUGGGCAUAUAUGAUUUAAAGAGUAGUUUCAUUUAUGUUAUUCCUUUUGUGUUGUAUGGCAAGAUUCUAAUUGAAACUUUGUCUUCUCUCAAAUUGUUUGUGUGAAGAUGCUCUGCCCAGUUGAACAAUCCUCAGGUGUUUGUGUGACUACUACAGUUUUAUAGUUCUCAGAUUUUAAAAUAUAAUAAAGUUGAAUGCAACAAUUAA